AACUCUUUAUGUAAUAUCGAGAGGUUUCAUUAACGGCAGUGGAGUGACGGUGUGGAUGGAGCAAAACGGCGUCGUAAGGUUUCGGCACCGUCGAUCGCCGUCCUCCGAUCGAUUUCUCGGCGUAUUCUCUCCCCCUCAAACUGAUAGCGGUGGUGAUGAGCUUAACGAAGAUGAAGUUUUCUGGACCGGACAAGACUUCACUGAACCGGCGCUUCACCGCCACUCUACUACCUUCCGUGAACCGGAGAAAUUCGGUAUUUUAGCUGCAUUGCCUGAGGAUCACCGGACAGUUAACCGUCCCGUUGUUUACCGGAAACCUUCCAUAACUUCCUCCCCUACCGGUACAAAACUGUUUCAUUCACCGCCGAUUUCGCCUUCGCCUUCACCAGCGAUGCCUUUUGCGCGAGUGAUUCCCAAGCCUCCAUUGGAUAGAGAACGUGGCUAUAACCGUAAUUAUUCACAGACAAUGCCGGCGAGGAAGUUCCAACACUCGGCGCCAGUGAACGUGCCGAUGAUGCCGAAGAAGGCGCCGAGAACAGGUGAGAUGGUUGAUGUGGAAAUCGAUGAUGAUGAGGAGGGAGAUGAUGAGAUGCUUCCGCCACAUGAGAUUGUAGCUAGAGGAGGAUCAUCUAGAUCACCUAAAACCACGUUUUCUGUGCUCGAAGGCGUGGGAAGAACACUCAAAGGGAGAGAUCUUCGUCGAGUUCGCAAUGCCGUUUUCCGCCAAACAGUUUCGGCAAUGGAGAUCAAGAGAAUUUAAAUGCAAGAUAGUUUUGUUAGAUUGUUA